ACGGUGAGGCGGCUCUGCCUCCCCGGGAAGUAAGGCCCCGCCAAGCACAGCGCCGGAGGGUGCAGGCCCUCCCCUCCCGCGCCCGGGGGGACCCUACGCCUGUGUCCAGAGGAGGCCGGCGUCCAGCUGAUGCACGCGGGGUGGGGGCGGGGAGAGGCGGGGAGAAGAAAACUCACAACAAAACUUGCGUCGCGGCGCGCACGGCUCGACUUGAAUGGAAGGAGCCCGCGUCCGCGGAGCGCAGCCGAGACACGGGAGAGAGUGUUCAGCCGGCGGGACGCGGCACCGCGCGGGGCGCAGCAGGUACCAUGGCCCAGAGCAGGGCACUGCUGCUCCUGCUGCUGUUGCCACCACAGCUACACCUGGGACCUGUGCUCGCAGUGAGGGCCCCAAUGUUUGGCCGAAGCAGCACCCACAGUCUGAGCCCUGAGGAGAAUGAAUUUGUGGAGGAGGAGCCUGUGCUGGUCCUAAGCCCCGAGGAGCCAGGGCCUGGCCCAGCUACUGUUGACUGUCCCCGAGACUGUGCCUGCUCCCAGGAGGGUGUUGUGGACUGUGGUGGCAUCGACCUGCGUGAGUUCCCCGGGGACCUGCCUGAGCACACCAACCAUCUGUCCCUGCAGAACAAUCAGCUGGAGAAGAUCUAUCCUGAGGAGCUUUCUCGGCUCCAGCGGCUGGAGACUCUGAACCUCCAGAACAAUCGCCUGACUUCCAGAGGGCUCCCGGAGGAGGCAUUUGAGCAUCUGACCAACCUCAACUACCUGUACCUGGCCAACAACAAGCUGACAUUGGCACCUCGAUUCCUGCCAAAUGCCCUGAUCAGCGUGGACUUUGCUGCCAACUAUCUCACCAAGAUCUAUGGGCUCACCUUUGGCCAGAAGCCAAAUUUGAGGUCUGUGUAUCUGCACAACAACAAACUAGCAGAUGCGGGGCUGCCGGACAGCAUGUUCAACGGCUCCAGCAAUGUUGAGAUCCUCAUCCUGUCCAGCAACUUCCUGCGCCAUGUGCCCAAGCACCUGCCACCUGCCCUGUACAAGCUGCACCUCAAGAACAACAAGCUGGAAAAGAUCCCCCCUGGGGCCUUCAGUGAGCUGAGCAACCUGCGAGAGCUGUAUCUGCAGAACAACUACCUGACUGAUGAGGGCCUGGACAACGAGACCUUCUGGAAGCUCUCCAGCCUAGAGUACCUGGAUCUGUCUAGCAACAACUUGACGCGGGUCCCUGCAGGACUGCCUCGGAGCCUGGUCCUGUUGCACCUGGAGAAGAAUGUCAUCCGGAGUGUGGACGCCGACGUGCUGACCCCCAUCCGCAGCCUUGAGUACCUGCUGCUGCACAGCAACCAGCUGCAGGCAGACGGUAUCCACCCGCUGGCGUUCCAGGGCCUCAAGCGGCUGCACACCGUGCACCUGUAUAACAACGCCCUGGAGCGCGUGCCCAGCGGCCUGCCCCGGCGCGUGCGCACCCUCAUGAUCCUGCACAACCAGAUCACGGGCAUCGGCCGUGAGGACUUCGCUACCACCUACUUCCUGGAGGAGCUCAACCUCAGCUACAACCGCAUCACCAGCCCUCAGAUACACCGCGAUGCCUUCCGCAAGCUGCGCCUCCUGCGCUCACUUGACCUUUCCGGCAAUCGCUUGCACACGCUGCCACCCGGCCUGCCACGCAAUGUGCACGUGCUGAAGGUCAAGCGCAAUGAGCUGGCUGCUCUGGCACGCGGGGCGCUGGCAGGCAUGGCCCAACUGCGGGAGCUCUACCUCACUGGCAACCGACUCCGCAGCCGGGCCCUGGGUCCCCGUGCUUGGGUGGACCUCGCCCAUCUGCAGCUGCUGGACAUUGCUGGGAAUCAGCUCACGGAGAUCCCCGAGGGGCUUCCCAAGUCUCUCGAGUACCUGUACCUGCAGAACAACAAGAUUAGCACCGUGCCUGCCAAUGCCUUCGACUCCACACCCAACCUCAAGGGGAUCUUUCUCAGGUUUAACAAGCUGGCCGUGGGCUCUGUGGUGGAAAGUGCUUUCCGGAGGCUGAAGCACCUACAGGUCUUGGACAUCGAAGGCAACUUUGAGUUUGGUGACGUUUCCAAGAACCGUGGCCACUUAGAGAAGGAAGAAGAGGAGGAGGAAGAGGAGGAAGAGGAGGAGGAUGAGGAGGAAGAGGACAGGAGAUAGGGACAGGAUGACACAGCUCUGGCCUAGCAUAAAAGGAUGCCCAGACAAGCUCUCUCCUAGAAUCCUGUUGCCACCCUGAAUGAAGCUGGACUGGCCUGCCAGAGUAAAGACCACACACAGCCCUGCUGAGCCAUGUCAGCCAAGCCAUCCAUUCCACAGUGGGGCCAUUGGCCUCCUGCAGGCCAUGACUGAGCUCAGCCAAAUCAGCAGAUCCUCCCAGCUGACUGUAGACUCCUGGUGGUCAUUUCAAACACAAAAAUCUUAGGUAGUUUGUUACACAGCAGUAACUGACUGACACAGAGGGUGAGAGUUUUUUUUAAAGAGGGGGAGAGAAGCUGUGCUAGGCAUGUAUCCCCAUGGGGGAUGAGAGGAAUGCUUCUCCCUAAACUGAAGUCAGGAGAACUAUUCAGAGAUCUUGGCUCAUGUUCCCCAGGGUUUGAGGAAUGUAGGGGCUGGUGCCUGACUCAUGUCCAAAGGCCCUGGGAAAGACCUGCACUUCUAACAAGAAUAUGUAUUCUUUCCCAUGGGCCAGUCACAGAAGGGACUCUGCCCAAGAGCAUCACCUAGAGGGGUGAGUUGACCACAGCAGAGGGAAAAGCUGAGAUUAACCAGAGAUCAGGCCUGAGGAGGGUGCUUGAAGCAGACAGAUGGAAGAGAUAUAAAGAUGUAGAUCAAAUGAACCCACAAAAUUAUCCCUAAAGAAUCUCAACCAGGGAGCCCCACUGCAGCAUACUCAUCCCUGUAAGGGAGGAUCUUGCAGUGCCCCCAGCCUCCCCUCUCUCCUUGCUGCUCCAACCCCAGUGCUGGCAGCAGAGGAGCAGACAGAAGAAGAGAAACACUGGCGAUCCCCUUCCCACUGCAGCUUCCUGAGCUUGAUCAGAUCCUCAAGGCUAGGACAGGAUUAGUUUUAAAUUGAAUGAGUCUGGAGUUUUAAUAUUAGACAGGCCGAGACUCCUUAUAUCCUAAAUUGGCUGGAAAAUGAGAGGGACAAGGAGGACUCCACAGGGCAAGUUUAACGGGGUAGCAGGUCAAGUCCACCAGGCCAUUCCCAGGUGUGUGUGCUUCUGCAGGCACCAUCUAGUCCCUCGUCCACACUCACAUGGUCCUGGGAUAGACACCAUCAGGGCCACCUACUGCUUCUACUCUGGUACUUUCCAAAUCUCCAUCUCAAGCUCACUCUCUCCCAUAAGAUUGAGAUCCAUUGGGCAAACACCAGCUGGCAUCUACCCUGGGAGGUCUGUCCCUGCACUGGUACCUCCUGUGUCUUGGUGUCCACACUGCUGUCCACUUGGAUUAUCAGGCCAGAAACAUGCAUGUCAGCGCCAUCCACCUCCUCCAGCCUCACUUCCAUUUCUUCUUCCCCUUGCUGAUGCUACCCCCUGAGCUGCUGCACAGUCCCCAUCCCACCCCCAAAACCAUGGCCGCCAGUCCCUGGAUCUGCCUUCUCCUCCCACCCUACCCCUGCUCCCACCCAGAGCCACUCUCACAGCCAAAGCCUUCUGAAUUGGAUCAUGCCACUCCUCUGCUUAAAACCAAUUUCCUGGGACCCUUACGGGCCUCCACCCAAUUGCCCAGCAACACCUUCCAUGUCUCUCCUCACAUAAAUGCUGCAGUCAGGCUGGAUGGCUGCGGGCCCUCCCUCCCACACCAUUCCCUCCCAUCUCUGGACCUGCAUCCACCACUGCCCUCCACCCACCUCCCUGCCCUCCACCACCUCCCCAUCCCCUUCUUUAGACUUCUUUUUGCUCCUGCCCCAUCACAGCACCCAUCCCUGAUAUAGUCUCUACCUAUUUCUGUAUCUUUCUCUCCUAGAAGGCAGGGUGAGGGCCAGGAGAGGUGCUGCCUGCAGGGAGUCUGUGGGGAGGUGUCCCUUGUGGCUCUAUGGCUGAGUCUGCAGUAUUUUCCUGGGGACAAGGGCUCAGGUCCAUGGCACAUGGUCAGCAGAGCUGAUGCAGCACCAUAAUGGAGGCCAAGAGCAACAUCCUGGGAGUUAGACAGGACUGGCUGGAAUCCUGGUCCUACAAUCUACCUGCUGGAUACCCCUGGAAAAGUCACACCACCUCUUGGAGCUACAUGUCUUCAUCUGUGAUAAGGGAACCUUUUCUUUGUUAGAAGAGGAGGAGACCCAUCCCUUCAGGCCUCCAACCUCAUAGGUUAGGUGCUCACAGCUGCUUAUGGAAUCAGCAAGGGCUCACUGACCCUGCUCUGACCAAAAAGCAGGCAUGGGAGCAGGCCUGUCCUGCCCUCCUGCUUCUGGACUGAUGGGGCAGGUAGCAGCAAGAGCUCAUUGACUUCAGGGUCCCAGGAGCUCAGGGCUUCGGCAGGACCUCCAUGCCUACUUCUUGUUACCACACAUAAUAGAGCAGCUCCCAGUAGCCCCCCAGCAUCUACCCUAUCCUGCCCUGUGGAGGCCAUGCAGGACACCCCUGGCCGGGUGUGCACUCCUAAGCAGGGCAUCAGUAGCAAGUUACCG